AUGAACGAAGCCCAGUCCUUUGGCGAGCGUAGAGGGCACAAGCUUGCGCCGCUUCAAACGAAUUUUAGCCGACCAGCAGCAAAAUCUCGUUUACAGCGACCUCGGCCGACAGAAUAUCCCGGUACCAAUGGUACAGAAGGUCCGGUUCCGCUGCGAAGCCCAGUCGAAAGUACAGUGAAGCGCCAGUCUUCAAAAUCCAGUUUGCGCAAUCUUUUUGGUCGUGACAAGUCGCGUGUCGCACCAAACCCCAAAUUAAACGAAAUUGAUGAGGCGCAAUUGCCCGAGCCCCAAACCGCUAUUUUCACCGAAACACCCAUGUCGCCCUCCCUCUUGAGCCCGCGAACUAUAGACUCAAAUCCGACUAUUACCUCCCCCACCGACCCGCGAUCUCGAGCGACUUUGAAAACUGCCCGUUCAAAACCCCCAGAUCCCUCAAUACCUACCCAGGACAAAUAUGGCUGGAAACCGCCUCCAUUGUUCCAAGCAUACCCCCAAUCCACCAAGCAUGAUUGCCUGGCCGCACCGGCUCUCUCUGCGGACUCCAUCUUGCGCUUGCAUGCGACAUCCGCGAGAACCUCGGCCGAGGAUACUCCUGUCAAUGCGCUAGAGCUCGAUGAGGCUGCCGAUGCCGCUCGCAAGAAGCGCGAACAAAAGCAGAGAAAGCAUCUCCGGACAUUAUCUGGUACCAUCAACAAGGUGGAAUGGACGCAGAAGAUAUAUGUGUUGGCAAAUGUUGGUUAUAUUCUUCAGUAUGCAGGCGAAGGAAAACAUGAUCGUCUCCCAGAGCGGAUGCUUCUUUUGGGUCCUCACUCCGUCGCGUUCGCUAGCGAUGCCAUCCCCGGGAAACACUGGGUGCUUCAAGUGUCUCAUAAUCCCACAGCCGACGUUGAUUCCACCGUCCCCGAGCCACCCAAGCCUCGUUUCUCGCGAUUUGGCUUCCACAAGUCCAACCACCGCCGUUUCUCGCGCAGCUUCCUUAUGGUCUUUGAUAACCCGGAAGCUAUGAUCAGUUGGUUGGUCGCGGUUCGAGCUGAGAUCGAGAGACGGGGUGGACCCAAACUCACGCAGGAAAAACACUUGGAUGAGGAUACGAUGCCUCAAUUGCGAUCCAAAACCAGUAUUCGUCAGAUGGUGAAGAAAGAUCCCCAUCGUAUUUCCAGCUUGUUCCUUCAGCCGCAGACUCUCCAAUCCCCUACCGAGGAGGACGACGGUCAGUCUGUCGGUGGGGCAACAUGGCAAUCUCGACGCAGCUCAUAUGUAUCCGCCGGACGUCGCUCGGUUAUUGAAUCGCGAUCAGGAUCGGUCUCAACUGGUCGUACAGAGGCCACAAACCCUACCAACGGUUCCGCCUCUUUCGCGUCCGACGUGCGCUCUUCGUCUUUCACUUCUUCAAAUAUACCCAAUUCCCCACCGGUGGCCAAUGGCACUUUCAGAUCCGAUGAGCCUCUGCCGGAAGAGCUUGAUCGAUUCUUCGCCCGUAGUCCACCCCCUGCUAGCCAAGGGAGGCGUCAAUCCACUUUUAUAUCUCAGCCUGCACAGCCUCCGCCCAUCACCGACUUCACUGAGGAACCACAGUCCAACUAUCCCCUCACCGUGCCCGAAGAACUAGUCCGGUGUGCUUCACCCCCAGCCCCAAAUUUCAGUGUUCCCUCAUUCAGCAAGAAAUUUGUCCCACGGGGCGGGCCAAUCCCUGUCCAUGCCUCUCCCCCGACUUCAUCGCAUGCCUUUGUACGGCGGGGCUCGAACGACCCAAGUCUGUCAACAUUCGCCUCUCCACAGCAGUCUCCGACAUUCAGUGUAGCCAGCUCGCGCUAUAUCGAGAAUUCCGAGCCCAGGCGCAUCUUGCGUCCCUCGAAUUCCGAAUAUGCCCUGGCCAAGGCUGUGCGGCCUUCGCAAAGCCCCAACCGUUUCUCCCGUGAGCCUAGGACGGCCCCACCGUCAAAACCUCUACCUGAUCCUCAUUCUCGUCCUUUGAGUCUGCUUGGCCGCCCUGGUGUGGGUUCUCAGACUAUCAGCGAGACAGAGGUUGAAGCGGCCUCUUGUCCAGCAGAACCUGCGCGCAGCCGAGUCUCAACAGUUGACCCCGAUAAUCAGGCUUCCCCAAGCAUGGUGCGUCGCAAGAGCAUGCCAGGACUGGGUAUUGCGAUCGGUCCUCCAUCUGCACCGCCUCCCAACUGCCCUCUUCCCAAACUUCCCCCGCUCGCCAAUUCAGGAAAUCCCACCGCCGCUCCCCCUGUUUCUCUCUCCAUUUCUGCUCCUGAUACCCCUACCACCGCCACGCCCACCACGCCACAGGCCCAGGCCCUUGGGCCCUGGUCCGCGACCUCUCCCACAUCACGAUUCUACGGAUCCCAGACAGUGCGCGAUCACGUCGAAGACCGACGCAGAAGCGGCAACGCGCCCCUCCCACAGUCCCUGCCUUCAAAGAACACAGCUCGGCACUCGAAACUGGUCAAAGGACCCCGCUCUAGUCACUAG